UCGCAGAUGUUCAACUGAAAGAAAUAUGCGAGUUCAUAAAUAUAUGAAAACAAAAUUUCUUUAACGACCCUUCACAAAAAUUAAGAUUUUUAACCUGUGUACUGCAAUUCGAUAUCAGCGUCCUUCCUUUCCUUUUGAUUAAUUCAAAGUAUUACUUCAACAUCAUUAUAGCAUAAACUUCCUUUAUUUCAAGUUCAUAUCUUCAUAACUAAUUUUAAAGUGCAAAUCAAAACUUGGAUUCAUCGAUGGGCCUGGCAGUAUUUCUGAUUAUAAUAUCAAAAAAGUAUUAAAUCUGAAACUCGGAAUUCAAAAUCCGAAUUUGAUUGCUUAGUAUUUCUCAUUUUACGUGACAUUUGUUAUUUUUGCACUGAUUAACAUUUCGCAAUCUGAUAAUCCUUUUAUACGGGAAGUGUAUCCAAUAAUACCCAUUUAAUUGGCUCCCUUCCCCAACUUGAUUAGGGAGUAUUAUAUGAGAAUUAAACUUUUAAUUGGGGAUACCUAAAUCUCCAGUGAAAAACGACCCUUAAAAAUAAGAGUCAACUUUUGUCUAUUAAUUGUACAGAAGAGAAUACUUUUCAUUUGUGAAUUAAAACUAUAUUUGCGAAAAAGAUAGAAUCAAGAGUUUCAACAAAUAUUUGCAGUUUUAACUUUUUGUUCAAAUUCCCACUUCGAAAACAAUCUUAUUUUAAACCGAAAAAAAUGAAUAUGUUUAAACUCAGCCUAUUAUUACAGUUCAUAACCAUAACUUUGCUAUUCAUCGUGAACACAAAAAGCUCUUCAAUUUCGAUAAAUAGACGACUUUCAACCCCUCAAAACGAGUUUGGUAAAAAUUCUUACAAUCAACUUCGCAGAAACGAUCGUUUCAAAAUUCCCGACAACUGGGAGCCUUCGGAUUCUUUGCUUCAAUCAAUCGACCAGGAAACUUUUGACCUCCUAAUUGAAGCAAACGGCGAAGAAAUCAUCACCAAGCUCCUAGAAAAAUCGCUCUCAAAUAGCUUCACUUUCUGUCAUAUUAUAAACUUGAUCGACAGUCAGUUUUACAAUUUCUUAGAAAAUGUACUUCGACCAUUCAAAUUAGAAGAAUUCCCACUUAACAGUUCUCAAAUUCAGACUACAAUAGUGCGCAAAAACAUUUGGAUGUGGAAGCUCGGAGAGUUGGCUAAAUGGUCCUUCGACACUUUGAAGUACUACCAGAAAUUUUUCAUUCAAGGCUUCACAGUAGCGACGUUAAUGGAAUCCAAAAUAUCGGAACAUUCGCCCAGAAACAUAAUCGCUCUUUUGAACGAAAACAACCCAACACCUGUAGUUUCGCCCGAAGUUUGUCGAUUUCUAUUUUACAUGGAGAAAAUGUAUAGCUACCGAAUUCGGUAUUAUAGAAGAGCUUUGACCAGUCGCAUUCAAGACUGUCUUAAUAAUGAGUUUCUGCUGACGGCACCUUCGGUCAAAAUGGACGUAAUAACAGGAAUUGACCUUUCUUGGUACCAGUUUCACCUCAUAAUGAUGUCGGAACCUCAAAUUUCAGCAUCGAACACAAACUUGAUUCGUUAUUUUGCAAUCAGUGACUUUGAAAUUUCGCCAAAUGUUUUGAGACAACUGAUUUCAACUGAGUCGAAAGCUCCGAACAUCAUUGAUUCUCCUUUGACUCAAGAAUUUGUGUACCAAAGUUCCCUGUACACUUACGGAGCUGACUUUUUUCACUACUCUGAAAACCAGAUACGAACUAUUAUCACAUUUCUCGAUAAUAUACCACUGAAAGAUAUCACACUGUUCAGGAAGUUCCACGUUUACAAUGCAUUAUCAGUUGAAAAUUUAGAAAUUAGAGAACCUUCGUCUUUUUCGAAGAAACGAAUCUUGCUGAAUAUGUACAGAUCAGGUCGAUACUCGGACACUGAAAUAUCGGCGAAAGAUGCCAAGAACUUAAAAUGGAUUUCACAUGCUUUGAACUUGACCGAAAUCAACACAGCUUCGCUCGACGCAGCUUGGGAGAUUUUCGACCAAUUCCAAAAAUAUCCAAAAAACGUACCAAAAGUAUCGAUGUUUGCGAUUUUGCAGAAACUCUUGAACGAAGAUCGUCAAAACAUAGAGACAAUUUCGAUUUUGCGACGGGAUGAAACUUUUGGAUAUUGGAUAAAAAAGGAGCUGCAAAAAUCUCAAAAUCAACUUGCUCAGAAAAUUCGACCAUUUGAAGUCAAUGAGACGAUAGCACAUAAAAACUGUCGAGAUAUUUCACAAGGGGAAGUCAAAAAUGUCAUACAGCCUGAAGAACGAAUUGCAGUUUUAGCUGAAAUUUCAAAAUGCUCACCGAAUCGCGGGAAAAGUCAAUGGAUUUUAUCUGAAACUCGCAACACUUUAGCAAACUUACAUCGCAUAGAAAAGUUUGAUUUUUCAAAACUACCGAUGUUUUAUGAAGCAGCAUUUAGCGGGGAAAUAUAUCGCGAGCUCACGGCCACCGAACUGGAAACGUUACCCAAAAAUUUGUGCUUUGAUGUUUUCGCUAAAAUUUCGGGAACGGCACUCGAAAAUGUUCCUAUCGACAUGGGCCGAAAAUUAGUAGAAAUUUACAUGAAAAGCUGCGCAAUGCGAAGCUAUCUUUCUGAGCUCGAUUUAUCAAUUCUUGGUCCAAUGGUUUGCUAUGUUGCACCAAAAAUCAUAGAAUCUUCUCAACGGAAACUAAUCACCGAUAAUCUUCAUUUAUUUCAUAACUGUUGCUUGCCUGAAUCGACGGCAAAAGUUAUUCGAAGUCACGUUCUGAAGAAUUCAAUUUUCAGCCGGAGUAUAAUUCGAUCUUUGGGACCAACAUACCAUGCAAUAAUAAACGCAAAACUUGUAGAUCAGUUGAAAAAUAUGUCGUCGUAUUUAGUGGAUUAUAUUUUGUCGGACUUGGCCAAAAUUGUUCACGACGGAAAACCGACAAGAUGUGUGAACAAAGUUUUGGACACGAAUUACAAAUUGAUGACUGAAUUGGUGAAAGAAAGGUUGAUCAAAUCCACCAAAAUAAUGAAAGGAUGUUCUGACAGAAGGCCAGGAGAUCUAACGUGUCCCAUCAUCAAACAACUUGGACAUGGUAUGCAAAUAGUGCGUCCUUCUGAAUUAGAAACUCUUCAACCUUGCGACAUCAACAUCUGCACUUCAUAUUUUGCAACCAGCUCCCAUAUCACAACUGAGCAACUUGAAACAUUCAAAAGUCUACAUCAAGAUCAGUUUUCGCUCGAAAAUUUAGACGCUUUGGAGGUAGUCGAACUAGGCAAUAUUCUGACAACACUCAACGCUUCUGAACUUGAAAAUGUAAUAGAUCCACUAACAGAACAUGUAACGUUUUCUGAACUCGGAGAAAUCAAAAAAUGGUCCGACGCACAAAGGAAAGUCCUCUACCAAUCGUUUCUUCAACUAAAUCAGAAAGCCCCGGUUUCCAUAAUCCAUUCAAUUUAUACACUAGGUCACGUGUUAUGCGCCGCAGACCCGAUUGAAGUUUCAAAUUGGGCUGUGACUGAAAACGAUAAGUUUCAAACAAUUCAAUUUAUAGGCAGCCUAGACUGCCCCAAUGAAUGGUUCGAAAAAUAUGCAAAAUUCAUGAACAUCGAAUCUUUCGACAAAGAAUUAUUAAUUGCAUCGGGUAAUAUUCUGCUCGGAUUUGAUAACCACAACGGAAUUUUGGACCAACUAGAAAAAGACCAGGUGCAAAAAAUUUCGCUAUCUUUCGUUUCAAGAUUAACUUUAACAGAACUGAGCUUAUUUCUAGACCCGAUAGCAUUUCUGUCGAAAUUAUCGCCUGAACAAAUUUCGUUUUUAAACUACGAAAGUUUCCCAGAAAUUUUACAAGACUCAGUUAAACAAGUUUUAUACGCUGGUGAGCCUGAUUACGAACUUCAUUUUAACUUUGAACUUCAAGACGAGGCUGCCCCUAUAAAUGAAAAGCAAGUUCUUCUACCCGAUAACUCGUUCGAGACCGAAGAAUAUGCUUAUGAACCUAUUUACUCGAACGUCAUUUACAUAACUGCUUUCUCGUCUAAACUUAAAUCUGUUUUAUAUUUUACUUCAUUAUCAUUUAUUUUAAAUAUAGUUUUGUUUUAAAUAUUAA